CCACAUUUAGGUAUUUUUCAGAUGAUUUUAUUAUGGUUGUCAACAAUAUUGUUGUUGUGCGAUUCCUACAAAAUACUCGUCAUGAAUCCGAAGUACGCGUAUAGUCAUAUGAAUUUCAUGGGUAAAAUAGCUGAUACUCUUGUUGAAGCUGGCCAUGAGGUGGGAAUAUGUAAGAGUAACAGUAAUGCGAUGGCUAAAUGUAGAGAAUGUAGGAAAAAUUAUCAUCCACGAAAAAAAGCGUUCGGCUUCAAUACCAAAUUCCAAGUCAAUGGGCGCAAAUUGAUGAAUUCCACCAUAAUAGAAGAACCCAUCACCCUAUCAUUCCGGGUUUCGAUUGACUGA